CUUUUCUGCCGAUAUACUCCUUAGCUCUUCGCUACCAUAUACGUUCGCGUAACACAUUGAACACCCUAUAUCAACAUCCUCGACAUACUCUCCAUUGCCAGUUCUCUGGUCACACAAGCAGUAAUGGUCGCUUAAAGAUGCCCUCUGUAGACUCUGCGCGCCCCAUCCAACCUGGCCCCGCCAAGCCGCACCUCACCUGCACCGAGUUCGUUCACCUCCAGGGCAUCUCAUCCCGCCUCACUGCCAUCCGCGACCCCAUCCGGGACCUGACCCGCAGCUCCACCAUUGCUACGCCCGACGAUCCGCAGCCUGAUCAAGCCCACGCGCUAAAGCUCGACAAGCUCCACUCGCACAUUCUCCAGCAGCUCGAUCUCGCCGAAUCGCUCAUCCACCAGUACACAUCGGCACUCGCCAACAUAGCGUCUGACGAGCAGCGCCCCGAAUCCCACCACCACCGGACAAGUGCCCCACAGGCGUCAUCGGCAUCAGGUGCAACUGAACGUAAUAUCACCACAGCGUGGGCAUCCUCACCUAUCACCGUAUCGUAUGCAGUGCCGGUCAACGAAGUGUACAUGCGUCUCAGUAAACAGCAGCGGGCAGUCAUGGACGAGCGCGUCCCGCUGAUCCCACGCCGCGAUAUGUCGGUUGGCAGCAGCCAGCUAGGCAGCGUCCUUGAGCUUGUGCAGAGCCUGUUCAGAUCCAGCGCCCGCGAAGGCACUGCCACAGAGCUCUGCAAGUCGCUCGAUACAAUCCCGCCUGGCAUCAUGGCAUACGCCAUCUCUGCCUCCGCCAGCCAUCUGUUCCAGAAGCUCACUCCCGACUCCAUCCUUGAAGGGGCAAAGUUCAUGCAUGGCUCAUUCAAGGAUCACACCAGCUUCAUCGCCCGCUUCGUUGAGUCCUCCGUCCUCCUGUCUGCCCAGGCAAAAAUGCGCUCCCGCCGUGUCGAGUGGUGGGUCACUGUGGCCUAUCUUUUGCGCGAGCUUGGCGAUUACGAGUCUCUGAACGGCGUGAUCUGCGCCAUCUCUGGCUCUGUUGUCAACCGCAUGAGCGAGACAUGGGAGAGCGUCCCGGCGUCCUGCAAAGCUGCUAUCAAAUACAUCAUGGAGUCUGUGCUCGCACCCCACCAAAACUACUCCAGCUAUAACAUCGAGCUCCAGGAGCGCAUCGCCAAGAUUUCCCAGCCCGCUGAGUCACAGAGCGGCCUUACAGAGCAAAUCUCCCUGGACUUUGAUAAGGCAGUGGCUCACGCUGCCAUUGACGAGUACGUCUACAGCCCAGUGUACCUGAAAGGAUGCGCCAGCCUACCCACGCCGAGCACUAUCGUGCCCAUCUACCUCCAGCACACCACUGCCAACUCCCAGUCGCGCUGGCGCUGGAUCUCGCACCUCCCCUUCAGUGCCACUUCCGUAGCCUAUGCCGCUGCUGCGGUUGCGAGUGUCAGCCCAAACGCUUCAUCCAAGGCCACAGCAUUCAUUAAGCGCGGCUCGAGACGGUCAUCCGCCGCAGAGAACUCUAGUAACCCGUACCACCCUUGCCACAGCUGCAGGAUCGGUGCGCCCCUAGUUGACCUGCACCUCGCAGUGCAUCUCGCCACCACCCUGCUGUUUUGCGAGCCCUGGAUGCCACAUGAAUACAUUUUCCGUCUCAGCGACAUGCGCGAAUCGCGCAGUUCCCACUUGCCACCAGCCAAGCCCCACACACUCGCUACUAUGGCCAAGGCCAAGGCCUACGCGUCGUCGAGCCCCACGCAGUCGACGACCUCAAAGGGGUCAGAGCGUGCGAUUGAAGCCCCAUGGCUUGGCACUCCUCCACCCCAAGGGCUCACCACUCCCUGUUCUCCGAGUCCGGACAACGAUGGCGCCCCCGAUGCGUAUGUUCGAUUCCUGGGAACUCGGCAGGGGUACAUGAGAUCCGCCGGCGCAGGUCAUCAGCACCACUCAAAGAGCCCGUACACCACCAGCAACUCGACCAGAAGCAGUCUGCAGGCUGCAGGUGUCCUGCCUAGCCUUCCGCCGCUGCCCUCUAACGCUGUGCCUCCACCACUGCCUACUGCCAAUAUGCCCACUGAUAUAUCGCCGCUGGCAGCAGAUUUGGCAAAGAUGGGCAUCCCGCCAUCACAUCUGCCAUCGAGCAUGAUGCCGCCUCCGUUGCCGUCACAGCCAAUGCCCUCAUUCCAGCCCAGCAGUCAUAUCCCACCCAACUUCGAGCAGCGAGCGUUGCCCCCAAACUCGCCAUAUGCGACGGAACACAUGUCCGCUGAGGCGCUGAUGCUUCUAAACUUUGACAAGGCACAGGAAUCAGCACAUCUAAUAGCCAUUAAUAAGCAAGCUCAUGUCGGAACUAAACAUGUACAUAGCAUGAUAUAA